AUAAAUUAAAAUGGUUUUUAGUUUAAAAAAAAAUCUUGUGCCUAUUUAAACCAUAGCAUAGAUGUGCCCUUGCUCCAUGAAAUAAAACCAGAGUUUUUUCCUUUCUUCUUCCUUGUAUGAAGAGAUCUAUGGAGACUCCACCUUGCUCCCAAGAUGUCAAGGAGGAGAUUGUGGAAGCAUGGUACAUGAAUGACAGUGAGAAGGAAGAUUACAGAUUGCCUAGACACUGUGAGCCAAAGGAAUUUGUUUCUUUGGAAAAACUUCAAGAGCUUGGAGUUUUGACUUGGAGUGUCCAUGGCGAUGACUAUGAGAAUGAAGAAGAUGUGAAGCAAAUUCGUGAAUCGGAAGGCUACUCCCACAGUUUCAUGGUAGAUAUACAUCCAGAGAGGAUGCCAAACUUUGAGCUGAUGGUGAAGAGAUUCUUUUUGGAGCACCUCCACCCUCACCCUGAGAUUUCUUAUUGUAUCCAAGGCACUGGGUAUCAUGAUGUGAGGGAUGAAAAUGAUCGAUGGAUUCGGAUAGCAGUGAAGGAAGGGGUCAUGAUCUUGUUGCCCGCUGGAAUUUAUCAUCGUUUUACCCUCGACACUAACAACUACUUGAAGGCUGUACUCUUCAGCGCUGGUCCACCAGCUGAGUUCAGCACCUAUGAAGGUCCCUGUGAAGACCUUCCUGCAAGGAAGCUGUAUGUAGAGGCAUUUCACAAGGCAAUGCGAAGGUAGUAGUUACUAAUGGAGAUCUAUCAAAUGAAUAUCUGUAUUACUCAAUAUAUUGAUGAUGUGUGUGGUUUGUAAGAAUGAUUGUUAUGUUUCUUGAAUUUCUAUAAAGGGAUGUUUUAUCAUUCUAAGAGCUAUUUGUUAUUUUUGCAUCUUUAUGAUAAACAAAUUCACAAUUGAAA